CGUCCCGCGGAACCAGCAGUAACAAUAGUUGAUCCCAAAAAAGCAAACUUUAAGGAGGAAGAAAAGAAAAACAGAGUUCUUUUCCGACACCCAGAUUACAAUUCGAGGUUUUUUAUGCUUUUCACAUCAAAUUAAGGAGUCCCUGAAAUGUAUAGGCCUGUGGCUGCUUCAGCCACACCACGGGGUGGAUUGCCUAAUGACAGUGGGGACUCUGUUGUGACUUUAGAUCAAGUUCCGCGGUGGAUUGAUGCUGAGCAUUCCUUGGGGUAUGACAAUGGAGAUUCAUCAUUUUCUAGUUCAUACUUCCCUGAUCCUUUGACAUUCCACUCCGGAACCGACAGCGGGGGCAUUGGUUCAGUGUCAAGGUUUCCUGUUGACCAUGAAAUUAAUUCGAGGAUAUACUUGUGGAGGGGGAACCCUUGGAACCUUGAGGUGGAUGCUGUGGUAAAUUCAACAAAUGAGAUCUUGGAUGAAGCACAUAGCAGCCCUGGAUUGCAUGCUGCAGCUGGACCCGGUCUUGCAGAAGAAUGUGCAACUUUGGGUGGAUGUCGAACAGGGAUGGCUAAAGCUACCAGUGCCUAUGAUCUUCCUGCAAGGAAAGUUAUCCAUACUGUUGGCCCAAAGUAUGCUGUGAAGUACCACACUGCUGCAGAGAAUGCUUUAAGUCAUUGCUAUCGCUCUUGCCUGGAGCUUCUAAUCGAUCAUGGGCUUCGAAGCAUUGCUAUGGGCUGCAUUUAUACUGAGGCAAAGAACUAUCCACGUGAACCAGCUGCACAUGUAGCUAUAAGAACUGUGCGACGGUUUCUUGAGAAGCAGAAAGACAACAUCACAGCUGUUGUCUUUUGCACUACCAGCACAACUGAUACUGAGAUAUAUAAAAGGUUACUUCCACUUUACUUUCCUCGGGAUAAACAUGAGGAGGAGGUGGCUAUGUCAAAGCUUCCUGCAGAUGUUGGGGAUGAGAAUGGUGAGACCGUCAUAGAUGAGCGUAAAAUCAGAAUAAAGCCUUUGCCUAAAAAAAAUGUUCCAAAACCUCCUAAUGUUCCAGCUGAUCCUGUUGAUCUUCCUGUUAGUGAUGUCGGCUUGGUUCGUAGGACUUCAUCAUUUUUAGAUUCAUUUCUGGAUCCUGCCUUCAUGUCUUUGAUUAAAGACCCUGAUGAAAGACGUCAGGAACAGUGGGAGAAAACUGUUCAAGCACAAAGAGGCUGGAAUUUUGCUAAAUUGCUUGGAUUGGGUAACCUAGGUGGACCUCCACUGUCUGCUGCUGAAGAAUAUUCUCUGCACUCUAGAUUUCUUUCUAAAGCGAAUUCCUUAAAUCUGUCUGAAAUUGCAGAGAUGAAAAUUGUCUAUCGAGGAGGGGUGGACAGUGAGGGUCGUCCUGUCAUGGUUGUUGUGGGGGCUCACUUUUUGCUCAGAUGUCUUGAUCUGGAACGAUUUGUGCUUUAUGUGGUGAAGGAGUUCGAGCCUAUAAUACAGAAGCCUUAUACUAUUGUCUACUUCCACUCUGCUGCAUCUCUGCAGAUGCAACCUGACCUAGGUUGGAUGAGAAGAUUGCAACAAAUACUUGGACGGAAGCACCAGCGCAACCUACAUGCGAUAUAUGUCCUUCACCCAACUUUUGGUCUAAAAUUGACAGUAUUUGCGCUUCAGUUUCUUGUGGACAAUGUGGUUUGGAAGAAAGUGGUAUAUGUUGAUAGACUACUGCAGCUCUUCAGAUAUGUACCUCGCGAGCAGUUGACCAUCCCAGAUUUUGUGUUUCAGCAUGACUUAGAAGUGAAUGGAGGAAAGGGUCUUAUUGUGGAUCCCAGAACAAAGUAUGUUUAUCACAGACCAUGAGCGUGUCAUAUGCAGUUCUAUAAUCGGUUGAUAAAAGAGAAUCACUUGCUGUAGUUUCUUCAUUGCUGGGCUUGCCCAUUAUUCUCACUGGUAAGUGGAAGAGGGUCUAUAUCUGUUUGUGUAUGGAAGAAUUCUUUUUUCUUUUUGAAUUUUUUGAAGCUUUGAUAAGUUUCUACGUAAAAGAGGGCAAACCUAGAGCAGUAGUAAAAUUGUUCCUUUGUGACUGAAAAGUCAUGAGUUUGAAUAUAGGAAAUAACCUCUUUGCAAAUAUGCAAGGGCAAGGUUGUGUACAAGGAUUGUCUUCACCCUACUGUCGCUAAUCGGGGUUUGAUGGGAAGUGAGUGAUAAGUUUCUCUGUAAGUAAAAUAAUAUUGUAUUUUUUUUUCCUCUGUAAUCUCCUGAGUGAGUGCUGAAUAAAAUUCAAGGUGAUUUUAAUCUCUCUUUAGGCUGGCUUCUUGGCUUUGUGAAAGUGUCUAAA